AUCCGCCCCUCAAAAAAUGCCGCUUUAACCCCGGAAACCUGCUUCAUUCUCUGACAUACAACCCGGUGCGCAGCGCCAGUUUAAGACAGUGAGGAAUCUCAAGGCCAUCUUCUUCAGCAGCCAUGCCACGCAUUGAAAAUGACAUUAAACUUGACUUCAAGGAUGUUCUGCUUCGUCCCAAACGAAGCACCCUUAAAACCCGCAGUGAGGUGGAUCUUAUGCGCAGUUUCACAUUCAGAAAUUCAAAGAGCAGUUAUCGUGGGAUUCCCAUCAUAGCUGCAAACAUGGACACUGUAGGGACUUUUGAAAUGGCCCUAGCUUUACAUCAGUUUAGUCUCUUUACAGCCAUCCAUAAGCAUUACAGUGUGGAUGACUGGAAAGAGUUUGCGGCAAAGCACCCAGAAUGCAUCCAGAGCUUGGCGGUCAGCACAGGCACGAGUGAAGGGGAUUUUGAAAAACUGGGGGCCAUUGUAGCCGCUGUACCUCAAAUUCAGUACAUUUGUGUUGAUGUAGCCAAUGGUUACUCUGAACACUUUGUCAACUUUGUGAAGGACGUGAGGCAGAAGUUCCCUACACACACCAUCAUGGCCGGAAAUGUGGUAACUGGAGAGAUGGUAGAAGAACUGCUGCUUGCUGGUGCUGACAUCAUUAAAGUGGGCAUUGGACCAGGUUCUGUAUGCACCACCCGUAAGAAGACCGGUGUGGGUUAUCCUCAGUUAAGCGCUGUCAUUGAGUGUGCUGAUGCUGCACAUGGUCUGGGUGGACACAUCAUUUCUGAUGGAGGAUGCACCUGCCCAGGUGACGUUUCCAAGGCUUUUGGUGCGGGGGCUGACUUUGUGAUGCUGGGAGGAAUGCUCGCAGGUCAUUCUGAGAGCGGCGGUGACACCGUAGAGAAGAACGGAAAGAAGUACAAACUGUUUUAUGGCAUGAGCUCAGAUACGGCCAUGAAGAAGCACGCAGGAGGUGUGGCAGACUACAGGGCAUCUGAGGGUAAGACAGUUGAAGUGCCUUUCAAAGGGCCGGUGGAUAUGACUAUAAAAGAUGUGCUGGGUGGUGUUCGCUCCACCUGUACAUAUGUGGGUGCUGGUAAGCUGAAGGAGUUGAGUCGUCGUACUACCUUUAUUCGAGUGACCCAACAACUCAACACUGUGUUUGGAAAUGAUAGUUAGACCAAGUCAGUUUAAAAGACUGGGUCCAUAUUGGGCCACAUAAAGGUCAUUUAGUUCUGUCCAUAAUCUAAAGACAAAUGCAUGUAUAUGCAUAGACACACAUGUACACACACACACACACACACAUUAAAUAUAUACAGUAAUAUAUAUUUUUGGGGUUCCUAUAGCUAUGAGCUGUUUAAUUAAAAUUAUUUUUUCUAAAUGCUUUAUUAGGAUCAAAUGCAAAGGUCUUUAUGACUACUUGCUCUUUGGAAACUUUUAGGAAUUUAAGAUCGACUGCUAAAGUUAAAAUUGCAAACCUUUCAAAGAAAAUCUUUGGUUGCAUUUAUUUCACUGUCCCAAAGUGUUUUGUGCCAUUUUUGUUUUGGAUUUAUCAUCAGCCUUUACACUGAAGUUUGUCUUCUGAUCAUUUGUUUAAACUUUUUAAGCACUCUAUAAGAGCCUUAUAUUUUAUCCAUAUAUUGUGUUACUGUUUAAUUAUCUGCUGGGAAUUUAACUCCAUGUCUUAUAUUUCUGUACUUUAAAAAAAUGUCAGUCUGUUCACAUUUACUGGACCAACACAUUUAAAGGAUCAUUACAGUGUUAUAAAACAGUACUGUAUGUUAUAGACUUCCGUUACCUUAUACUACCAUACUGUUCUAUAGCAUAUAUUUAAAGACCAAGCUAUUUUAUUUCUUAAAAAAAAUUAAUAUUUUAUGUUAUUAAUUGUUUUUGUGGAUCAAAUAUUGAGAAAGACACACAUCUUACUUAAGACUUUAUCAGUUUCUUGCGUAAUAUUAGGAUAAUAUUGGAAUAGUUUUAUCUGGUUUAUCUGACUCUUCACUUCACACAGUUAAUGAUUUUGUUUUUGAUUGUGUUUGAAGUGGCAAAAAUGAAAUAAGAUUAUUAAAAUGAAACACUUAUUAUUAUUUGAUUACUUAUUAUUACAAAUUAUUUGAUAGGAAACAGUAUGACUGAUUAUUGAAAGAUUGAACUUGAUCAAUAUUGUUUUGUAUAUUUUACAUGUUUUAGUAUUGUUCAAUAUAUUUCACCUUGACUGAUUUCACUUCACAGUAUUUUGGAUGUUAAUUAAGCUCCUGUUUUGUGCAAAUAAAUCAAUUUACAAACAAUG